AUGUGGCUAGAUGACGUCCAGUGCACGCUGCUGAACACAGAUCUAAAGGACUGCAAGCACAGACCAUGGGGGACGCAUAAUUGUGGCGCAUCUGAUGCUGUUGGUGUAGAGUGUUUUUCAUUUCCUGAAGAGGCUACAGCAGCAAGACUUUUCUCCACCACCAACACGCCAGGAGAAGGAGUUCUGGAGCUGUACUAUGGUGGGCGAUGGGGAAGAGUCUACUACUCUGGGUUCGGAGUUGAAGAGGCAACAGUUGCCUGCAGAAUGUUGGGAUACAACAUCAUUGCAGCCACAGUUGGCUCAUCAUCAAACACCGGCAGCGAAUCACGAAGUGUUAUCGUAGAAAAGGUGCAUUGUCUUGGCACUGAACUCUCCCUGAACGAAUGUCUUCAUUACCCUUGGGGAAGUGUUACCUCGUCAUCAACAGUAGUCCGAAUACAGUGUCCUAAUGCUAAUCUUCAAAUACGCUUGAAUUCGACAACUACUGGAUGUGGUCGGGUAGAAAUACUACACAACAAUGUCUGGGGAACAGUCUGUAGAGGGUCGUCGUUUUCUUCACAGGAGGCACAAGUUGUGUGCAAAAUGGCAAAUCGUCCAUGGACAACAGCCUAUGUGACAACGUCUUAUGGUCAAGGUGAAGGACUUAUCUGGCUGAGCAAUGUCAAUUGUCUGGGGACAGAGACCUCCCUAGACGAGUGUUCCCACUCAAGUUGGGGAACAGCACCAGGCUGUUCCCACAGUAGUGAUGUUCGAGUUGUAUGUCGUGGAGGAAACAGUUUAAUGUGA